GCGGUUACUAGGAGAAAGCGUCUUCCUCAUGGUUACCAUCACAAUUAGCCAAACAUCCUCCAUUAACCGUGCUGAAAUCAUCUUUGACGCGUUUAUAUCUCCGUGAUUUUGAUAUAAAACGCUUCAGAUAUGUUUACCGACGGCUGCACAUGAAGUAUAGUUCGUGAGACCGUGGUUCGAUGAGCUUCAAAAAGUCUCUGAAGAUGGGAGAGAAUCUGGCCAGUGAAAGCGACCUGCUGUCUAUGAUCAGCGAGUAUCUGAAGUUUGGCGAGUUUGAAGAGACGGCGAGGACGUUUGAAAAGGAAGUCAAGCGCAAAGGGAAACCGGCUUUGAAAAGUGCAGGAGCUUCACGACGAGACUCCAAAAUAAUCAGCAUUUAUGAGGAUUUUCUCAGCUCGUUUAAUGAUGGAGACUACAAGGUAUUUUCUGAGCUGUGGGCUAAAAAUAUUCCCCCUGAGAUUCGGGAUUUUGAUCCAGUCGCCCAAAAACUGGAAUUCUACCUACAAAUCCAUUUUACGAUUUACCCACUCAAGUCACCUUUAGGAAGCCACGACAAAGCCGAGUUCGACAGCCGGAUCACGCAUUUCAGACACUACCUGGAGACCAGAGGAGCCGCGCUCAGCCAAACCACUGAGUUCCUACCGUUCUACGCCCUGCCAUUUGUGCCCAAUCCCAUGGUGCACCCGUCCUUUCAGGAGCUGUUCCAGGACUCCUGGAUGCCUGAUCUGAGAGACAGGAUGGAGAAGUUCCUCACAGUCACUCUGAAAGCUUCAAACACACCGAGGCUUCUUGCUUUAUACAAUGACGCUGGAAAAGGCAACAAAGAUUUCCCCAGAGUACCUGCAGGGUGUUUGUGUGCGGCUCUUCAGCGGAAACAUGAGACAGAGUGCAGCUCAGAGCCUGGACUUCACCAGACCCGGCACUGCUUCCUCAAUGCUACGGGCGUCAGUGGCACCUCAGAGGCCCAAAGAUGUGCCCUUGCUGCCUUCCCUGGACUACGAGAAGCUGAAGAAAGACCUGCUGACUGGAUCAGAUCGACUGAAGGCUCUGCUGCUUCAGGCUUUGCGUUGGAGGUUGACUCGAUCUCUUCACGGCGAGCAAAGAGACACGGUUUUACAGGCCUUCAUCAGCAACGACCUUCUGGAGAGAUACAGUAACAAACAGAAAACUGUUCUCCAUCUGAUAAAGUGCAAGAAUGAGAUUGUCAGACAGUAUACGGCCAGACUGAUCAAUGCGUUUGCCUCUUUGUGUGAUGGGCGCCUGUACCUGUCUCAGAUUCCAGCUUUACUGCCAUUUCUGCUGGACUGUCUGAAGACUGAAGAGAAAGAGUCUGUCACUCGAGAGAAUGUGCUGGCAGCGCUGCAGAAGCUCAGCCUCAGGCGAGCGCAGCAGUCUGCUAUGAUCAGAGACGGUCUGAUUGGCUGGCUGGUCAAAGAGCUGAAUGACUCGGACUGUCUGUCGGACUACACUCUGGAAUAUGCCAUUUCCCUCCUUAUGAACCUCUGCCUGCGCACUCAAGGAAAGAAAAGGUGCGCAGAGGAGGCCAAGUACGUCCUGAAAGUCCUGACGGAGCUCCUGGGACACGAGAACCAUGAGAUUCGGUAUUAUGUGAAUGGAGCUUUAUACAGCAUCCUGUCUGUGCCAGAGAUACGAGAGGAAGCCAAACAGAUGAGUAUGGAGGAGAUCUUACGCUGUUACAACAAAGAAGAAAACCCUGAACUCAACAGACAAAUCGAAUUCAUCAUCAAACAGCUCAACUCAGCGACCAUCCCUGAACAAGAGCCUGAAUCAGACGAUGAAGAGGAUGAGGAUGACGAUGACGAUGAGGAAGACGUGAUGGAGGCGGACCUUGAUAAAGAAGAAGUCCUGCAGCCUCAGCCAAAAGAGCUCAGCGGAGAAUCCUUGCUGACAACCGAGUAUCUAGGGAUCAUGACCAACAUGAUGAAGACGAAGAGAAGAUCAUGUCCUCCAUCAUCUCGCAGCAUCGACGAGCCCCUCCAGCGACCCGUUACGCCCAGCUCCCACAAAAACACCAUAGCCGGUGGUGAAGGGGUCUACCCUGUUACCCGACAGAGAAGCGAAGACUCUCGCUUCAGUUCCCGUCCAGCGACUCGCACCGGCAGCCGUCCCAGCACUGCUGAGUCCAUCCACCAGACUCUGGCCACGGAUUCAGAUUGCUGGCGUUCCUCUGUGGAAUCUGGGCUCAUGGGGUCUCCGGAAAGACAUGUACCUGCGCCGGGCCAGACCACCAACAGCGUGCAGUCGUACAGUGGCCACAUGGUGGGCUUUGCGAGCCGGCCAAAGAUUCCUCGCACCCCUGACAGUGACGCAGGCAGUGCUGGCAGGUCUCGUUUGCCCCCGUUGGCCCCCCAGUUCUCCAACAGCGAGCCCCAGCAGAGCGGCAGCCGGCCCGGAUCAGCAGGGGGCUCCAGUGGGCGACCGAGCCAACAGAGCAGCCAGUCGAACAGAAAAUGAAAAGCGGGGGGGAUCUUUCAGCAGGAAAAGCCUGUCGCCAGAGGAGCAUCCAGCUUCCUGUAACAGCAUCCAGGUUUCUUAUCAGGCCUCGGGCCCCCUGGAAACAAAGCUGAGGAUUGUGAGCCGCCGAGAGCCUCUGAAACACAACACACUUCAGCAAUAAUCACAGCAAAGCACUUUCAUUCUCCACAACCUCGACCACCCCUGAUCAUACACUAGAAGAGUGAUGCUGUUUCCUAGUAAGUCCAUUUGCAUGCUGUGUGUCACGAUAGUUCCUAUUCAACUGUAGACUGUUUUAAAAUAGAUGGAGGACGCUUUCUGUUUAGAUGUGCAGUUUUAGGCGCGCGUUCUGAUGUGUUAUGGAUUGUGAAUAUUUUUGUACAUUAAAUAUAACACAUUUUUAUAUUUAAAAAAGCGAAAUGUUGUCAUGUUACAUGCCUUCAACCAUCAGACUCUCUUGUUUUGAGAAGUCCUACUGCGUCUUUCCCCGGUCGGCCUGAACAUCUGCAGCACAACAGUGGUCAGAUCUCACAUAAACUGCUUGGUAAUGACUUUACUUUGGAUUUAUAAAUAUGUUAGACAUA